GUCCACAGUGGAGCAGCAGGGGCCCUGGAGGGCUUGAUACCUUCCCAGUGAUGGCAGAGAAGCGGCCCCUGGGGAGCCUGGGGCCCAUGAUAUAUGGCAAAUUGCCCCGCCUAGAAGCUGACUCAGGGUCUGGACAUGGCCUGCCCCACUCUGCUAGCAGCCAGGACCCCUGCAGCUACAAGGGGGCCUACUUCUCCUGCCCUGUAGGGGGCACCUCCAAGGCAGGGCCAGAGCGGCUAACAUCAUGGAGCCCAUAUCCACCCUUGUACCCUACCAGCAUGGCAGGACCCCCACUUCGGGCAGACAGCCUGCUGACCAACUGCCUGCUCUACCGGCCGCCGGCAGAAGGCUCUGAGAAGAUGCAGGACUCGGGCCACGGGGAGCUCUUGCCUUUUGGGCCCCAGGCUCACGCAUACCCGGCCCCGCCGUUGGCAGCACCCAAGCCUGUCUACCGCAGCCCCCUGUGCUAUGGGUUGCCCACUUGCCUGGGUGAGGGGUCAGCGAAGAGGCCUUUGGAUGUUGACUGGACCUUGGUGCCCGGGGCCCUGUUGCCUUCAGCUGAGCCUCCCUGUUCCUUGGCCCCUGCUCCCACCAAGGGCCAGUCCCUGGAUGGUACCUUCUUGCGUGGGGUGCCAGCUGGCGGACCUGGCAAAGACGUCUCCCUAGGCUUCUCCCCAUGCCAGGCAUUCUUGGACAAAUACCGGGCCGUCCACAGCACAGGCUUCCUGGCCCCCAAGUAUACAGCUCCUUACUCUGGGGACCCCAAGCAGGCAGUGUCAGAAGGGCCCUCCAGUCCAUGGGGGCCACCCUUCCAGGAGACAGUGCCCACCCACUACCCGCUGCCACCCCUCCCGCCAGCCCUGCCCUGCCCCUCAGCCUGCCGUCACCCAGAGAAGCCGGGCAGUUACAGCUCUGUCCUCCCACUGCAGCCCCUGGGAGCCCACAAGGGGACCAGGUACCAGGCUGGCGGGCUGAGCAGUGCCUACCUGAAGCAGCAGACAGCCCAGACCCCCUACAUUCCCCCGUCGGGGCUGGAUACUUAUUCCUACCCUUCUGCCCCCCUCCCGGCCCCCUCACCCGGCCUCAAGUUGGAGCCUCCUCUUGCCCCGCGGUGUCCACUGGACUUUGCCCCCCAGACUCUAGGUUUUCCAUAUGCCCGGGAUGACCUCUCUCUCUAUGGAGCAUCUCCGGGCCUGGGAGGUGCACCACCUCCCCAGAACAGCGUGCAACCUGUGCCACAGCCCGGUGCCUUCCAGCGGGUGUGCCAGCCUCUGCCAGCUAGCCGCCCAUGCUCAGAGCCCGCGAGGCCUGCAGAGAAGCCAGCACAGGAAGCCGAGGAGAAGAUGUGGCUGCCCGACUGCAGGAAGGAGCAGCCUCAGCCCCAGUGUGAUGAGCACCCCAGGGGGCCCAUCGUUAUUCGGGACAGCCCUGAUCCCCGCACCUCACCGGCACUGCACGCGUGUGCCCAGGAGCCCCGGUCUCUCCCACAGAAGGAGAGCGCCCGGCCGCCCAGCUCUCCGCCAAUGCCUGUCAUCGACAACGUCUUCAGCCUGGCCCCCUAUCGUGACUACUUGGAUGCACAGACCCCCGAGGCCACAGCUGAGCCAGCCAAAGCCACAGCCAACAGUGAGAGCCAAGAUGAGGGCUGCAGGGGGGCACUGCCUACCCCAGAGGGCUCCUCAGGGCCGAGCUGCCUGCUCCGCGAGGAGGUGGCCCUGGACUUGAGUGUGAAGAAGUCCCUGGCAGAGGCUAUCCCUGUCAAGUCCCCUGGUCCCGCAGUGCAUACCAACCCCGCUGCAGCUAUGGAUGGGACAGCCGUGGAGACCACGGUGUCGGGUUUGCCAGCCCUGAAAAAGAUGGUCACGGAAGUAUCCGGGAUACCAGUGACCAUGGAGGCCACGCCAAGGACCAGCUUCCCAGAAGCACCCGGAAUACCAGUGACUGCUACAGAGGCUGUACCAAGGACCAGCUUCCAUAGCUCUGUAGCUUUCAUGUUCCGGAAAUUCAAGAUCCUCCGUCCAACACCGUUACCUGCAGCUGUGGACCCGUCUACACCCACCCCACCUCCAGUCCCCCCACAGCCCACCGUGCCCACCCCGCCACCUGUACCCAUGGGACUGCAGCUUCUCACCCAGCCCUUGCCGGUGGCUUGCUUCAACCUGGCCCUGCCCAGUCCUCCGGCCAUCGCUGUCGCCUCCCCAGCCCCUGCCCCCACUCCAUCCCCUGCCCCUGCCCCCGCCCCCACCCCGUCCCCAGUUUCUACAGCGGACCCAGCAGACUGUACUGAGCAGCACUUUACAGGGCUCCACACAUCCCUGUGUGAUGCCAUCUCGGGCUCCGUGGCCCACUCCCCACCUGAGAAGCUGCGUGAGUGGCUGGAGAUGGCUGGGCCGUGGGGCCAGGCCGCGUGGCAGGACUGCCAGGCUGUACAGGGGCUGCUGGGCAGGCUGCUGUCCCAGCUGCAGAGGUUCGUGUGCACGCAGCAGUGCCCCUUCCCUCACGUGGUGCGGGCCGGUGCCAUCUUCGUGCCCAUCCACCUGGUGAAGGAGCGGCUUUUCCCACGGCUGCCACCCACCUCAGUGGACCAGGUGCUGCAGGAGCACCGUGUGGAGCUGCGGCCCACCACGCUGUCGGAGGAGCGCGCGCUGCGGGAGCAUGCCCUGCACGGCUGCACCUCGCGCAUGCUGAAGCUGCUGGCCCUGCGCCAGUUGCCCGACCUCUACCCUGACCUGCUGGGCCUGCAGUGGCGCGACUGCAUCCGCCGCCAGCUGGGUGACCUUGAGACCAAAGCUGGAACCAUGUCCCUCUCCGAGCCCACUGUGUCCAGAGAUGAGCCAGAGGGUCCAGCGCUGGCUCGGAAGUCACCAGCCCCCAAGGUCAGGAGACCUGGGAAGAAGCCACCAGGAAGCCCUGGCCCAGAAAAGACAGAGGCACCUGUGGAGGGAGCAUCUCGGGGCUCCUCCCCUGCCCGUGCUGCUAGUGCCAGCCCACCGGGCCACACCCUCAGGGCCCGCUUCCGCACCCUGCUGGAAACUGCCUGGCUCAAUGGCCUGGCACUGCCCACGUGGGGCCAUAAGGCAUCUGGACCUGACCGGGCCCCACCCUGCCCACAGCUGCUGGGUGGCCAGAGCCAACCCCUGUAGUGCUGCUCAUGAGUGCUGUUGUGAUGCCACCUGAUCUGUGUACCUGUCCUGUGAGCGUCCUCAGCCCUCACUGGGCCACCAGCUGAGCUGUGAGCUCUGAGCUCCUGAGCCGAAGGUCUUUACCGGAAGGGACUCCUUGCUUCCCCACCACCACCGGUGACCUGGGCAGAAGCUCCACUUCUCUCUACAGUCCUCAUUUCUUGUUUGUAACAUAGGACAGCACAGCCUACCUCGAAGGGUUGUGGGGUGAUAUGACACCCAUGUAUUGGGAAUCUCUUGCCCUGGCCCUGGACGGGCCCUCCUUGACCUCUGCCAGGGCCUGGAGUAAGAGGCAGAGGCAGCAGCACCUCCCUGUCUCAAACGGCACCUUGUACAAAUGGCUCACACUUUUCCGCAGCGCUGCAGCAGGGACACAGCCCAACCUGGUGCCAGCGUCUUUCUGGGCCUGCCACCCCUGCUGCAGGAGGCCCCAGGCCAACCCCCAGUUGAUGGUGACUUCAUGAGCUGCCUCCCCAACCCCAGGCCUUAGCCUGAGAACAUUUUAUUUUUCUCAAUCUGCCAGGCAGCUGCAGGGACUCAAGGACCCAGAGCUGAGUGGCAGCUGAGUCUCUGGAGAUCUGGCCUGAGGGACCUGGUCCUCCCCGAGUCACAGCACUGUCAGCCAGGUCUGCUGUGGCCACUGCCCUGCAGGGUGCUGGCCUGAGCUGUAGGCUGGCAGCUGGACCCUUGGCCUUAGUUAAGGGUUUGAGAGACACUUGGGGGCUGGGUUAUUAAAACAUUUGAGUGGUUUUGGAGCUGG